AUGCUCGCUCAAGAAGAAGUACUAAUCGGGAUCAAAGGAAAACGCAGCAAACGGCCGCGUAAUUCCGAGCCCGUAAUCCCAUCACCGUCCAACUCAGACGACUUCCCACAAAGCACGGUGGAGGAGGAAGAAGAAGACAUGGCCAACUGCUUGAUCCUCCUGGCCAAGGGCUCACUUCCGGCGGCGGAAACGGCGGCGGAGGUCUACCAGUGCAAGACGUGCGAUAAAAGCUUCUCCUCUUUUCAAGCGCUGGGGGGCCACCGGGCCAGCCAUAAAAAGCCCGGAAGCCGGCCCGUACCUGCCGGAGAUGAAAAAAGGCCGAGUGAUGAAUUCCGAUCGGACGGCUGUGGUGAGAGGCCAGUCAAUUUAACGCUUCAGGUCUCGAGCAAGGCGAGGAUCCACGAGUGCGCGAUUUGUGGGGCUGAAUUCGCCUCCGGUCAGGCACUGGGUGGCCACAUGCGGCGGCACAGGCCGAUUCUUCCGGCGGCGGCGGCGGCGGCGGUGGCGGCUCAGGGCGGUGGAGUUGGGGCUCGAGAAGUAAAGAGGUCGAGGAAUUUGCUGUCGUUGGACCUUAAUCUUCCGGCGCCGGAGGAUGACGUGGAGUCCGACAAGUUCGCUUUUGCGGGCAAAGAACAAGUUUUGGUGUUCUCCGCCUCGCCGCUCGUUGACUGCCAUUAUUAG